UUCUACUACAUGUUCAGCGACUCGUGGGGAUGGAAGAGGAGCCAAAAGCAACGGAUGCCAACAUACCCUUCAGCAAUCCUGCAUGGGUGUGGGUUUGAUGUGUUGGGAGCACCUCUGUGCUCUGACGUCAGCUGCCAUCUGCACCAGGGAAAAUCACUGUUUAUUUAUUAUUUUCCUGUCACUGGGAAAUCACAUGCUAUUUUAAUUUUUAAAAUAAAAAGAAAGCAAUAAGGAAAGGGAAAAAACAUUCUAUGAUUUCGACAUUAUGAAAGAAUGGACGAAUAGGGCUAGUUUUUAUUUUUACAAAAUACUUUCAGCGUGAUGUAAUUUUGCACAGGGGUGACAGGCAUGCAAAGUUAGUUCCUGGCUUUACUUUUUAAUAGAUUGGUUAAUGUAAGCCUUCGUAGAAGUCAGAUAUAAACAGUCUUCUUCAGGAAUUAGGCCAGUGACCACGGUCAACAGUCAAUCAUCAGGUAAUGAGAUUAACCCGACACGCAGCCCAACAGACUCAAUCUGUCCACCAACACACAGGAAGCAGGGCGCGUAGAUGACUUUACAGUUUGUUUUGUUGUGUGUAUGUAAGUGUUGUAGGUGAGAGCCGGACCAUGCAGAGUCCAAGACUGAUGAAGGGCGAGCCUUAAGACCAAACUGGGAACAGUCAUGGGAUGUGGUGUUUCCAAGUCAAGCCAGUUCCACAAACAGUCUGGAAAAGGUGAUACUUGGCUAGUCAGUUGCAAUAGUGGCAAAGCAGUAAACGUUCAGCUGUCUGGUGACUGUGUGACAUGAACAUGCAACCAAAAAGGUUAUUCUGUAUUUAAGCAUCCACCCUUCUAGACCAUUUAGAUUUGUGUCUUUGUUUCAUAAUAAAUGUGCUUUGUUUUUAACACCUCCUGCUGCUUUCAGCGGUGACAACACUGAGAGCAGCCGUCCUGAUUCAGAGGUGGUACAGGAAGUAUGUUGCCCGCACAGAGAUGAGGAGGCGAUACACAUGGCACAUCUUUCAGUCCAUUGAAUACUCUGGUGAACAAGCACAGAUCAAGCUUUACAACUUCCUCGGCUACCUCAUGGACAACUUCACUCCAUCCAGCAAUGAGCGGAACUUGAUAUCGCACAUCUUCAGAGAGAAUGACAUCUGCCGUGACGCAGAGUGGGAGAGAUAUUUCUGCUACAAGAACAUUGAAGUGCCAGACAUUUACUCUGGACCACACCUCACCUUUCCGUUGACAGUGGAGCAAGCUGCCGGGUUGGUGGAGGCAUUCAGAAACAAGAAGCAGUUACACUCACGUUACGUCCUUCAGCUCCUACUGGAGACGUGGAAGAUGCUGCGGAUGUUGCCAAAUAUCAGUCGUGUUUCCACAUGCCAGAGUAAAGAAAUCACAAUAUGUGGUGAUUUACAUGGUCAACUGGAGGAUCUUCUGCUAAUUUUCUACAAGAACGGUAUGCCAUCUCUGGACAAGCCGUACGUGUUUAACGGCGACUUUGUGGAUCGAGGAAGAGACUCCAUUGAGAUCCUACUGAUUCUAUUUUCCUUCAUGCUGAUCUAUCCCCGAGAUGUCCACCUUAACCGAGGAAACCAUGAGGACCACAUCAUAAAUCUCAGAUAUGGCUUUACUAAAGAAGUCCUCACCAAAUACAAAAUGCACGGCAAGCGCAUCAUGAAACUGCUGCAGAAGAUAUUCAGCUGGUUACCACUGGCAGCUGUGAUUGACCAGAAGGUGCUGGUUAUCCAUGGUGGCAUCUCGGACACUACAGACAUGAGCACCCUUGCUAAAGUGGACAGACAUCACUACGUGUCAGCGCUGAGGCCACCAAAGAGAAAACAUCCGACCACAGCCAGGACGUCCAUCGACUCAGAAAUGGAUGAUGACCUGGUCAACCACAAGAUCUUCCAACGACGUGCGUCCCUCGCGUUCCCAAGAACCAUUGGCGCCCGGGACAGCUUCAUGAACCGCUCGCUGCAGGAUUUUUCAGACCGGAUCAAAACCAACAUGGACGACGAGCUGCAGAUCUGCCGGCAAGCGUAUCCCCUUUUCACCGGCACUGUAAACCCCCAGGUGGAGGAGGAUGUCCCUUCUACAUCUUCAGACUCCAUCAACAGUGACGCGGACGAGGAGUGGAAGCAGAUUCUGGACCUGCUGUGGAGCGACCCCAUGAUGCAGAACGGCUGCAUACCCAACGAGCUGAGGGGCGGCGGCUGCUACUGGGGUCCUGAUGUGACUGAGGAGUUCCUGAACAGACAUAACCUGCAGCUCAUCAUCCGCUCGCACGAGUGCAAACAGGAAGGAUACGAGUUCUGUCACAACCGCAAGGUCCUCACUCUCUUCUCAGCAUCCAAUUACUACGAUAUAGGAAGCAACAGGGGGGCCUAUGUCAAGCUCGGUCCAAACCUUGUGCCUUAUGUGGUUCAAUACCAGGCCACCAGCCAGACCAGAGAGCUGACUGUCAGACAAAGCGUCGGUCGCACAGAGCGUUCAGCCCUCAAGGUUCUGAGAGAGCAGCUGUUUUCACACAAGUCGGACCUCAUCUGUGCCUUCAAAAAGUUUGACCUGGACAACACCGGCCGGCUGUCACUGAACGACUGGGCCUGUGCUCUGGAGAGCGUGAUGAACCUGGACAUCCCCUGGAGGAUGCUGCGCUGUCAACUGGUCACCAGCAAGCUCAUCAACGGCAUGAUCGACUACAACGAGUGGUUCAAUGAGCUUGCCGUCAAAGGCCUGCACUCUGACCACAUCGACCAGGGAAUUCUGGAGACGCUGUACCGGCAUCGCUCCACUGUGGAAACCAUCUUCAGAAUCGUCGACACUGACAACUCCGGUUUCAUCUCCAUGGAGGAUUUCCGGCAGACGUGGAAACUUCUGAGCGUCUACCUGAAGAUGGAGUUCACUGACGAAGCCAUCUCUGACCUGGCCGUCACCAUCGACAGUAACCACGACGGCAGCAUUGACAUAGAUGAGUUCAUGGAGGCCUUCCGCCUCACGGACAAGAAGAGCCGCCUGGAGCGAGGGCGCAGCAUGUUCAUGGGGACGGCCACGGACCUCACCAAGCUGGACGAGAACCCCAACAUCUGAGCAGCAGGAGGCGCCGCUGCUGCUGCUGCUGCUGCUGCUUUGACGCACAUUCAGCAGCCGCUAUGGAUUAAAGGGAGACGAAGGUCACAGGGACCUGUCCCUGGCUUUAAACCCAAGGUAGAGCGAGAGUUCUUGAUGCUGUCCAUAGGAACGCAUCACUGUGUUUCAUCUACUAAUCCAACACUGAUUUCAAGGAUCCAGUUUCACGGGGAACAGGAAGUUAUUUUAAAUGGCACCCUUCAUCACCGCAAACCUCUGCAAACUUCUGAAAUGAUCACGUUUUAUCUUAAAACUAAUGAAAAGCCUUACUUUGAUUGCAUCUGAUCAAAACAAACCAUAAUUUUGUUUGAACGUGAAUUAUAAAUCAAUCAUAAUUCAAAUCACUAUAUUUUUAUUUAAUAAAUAAAGUAUGCUAUUUCACGACGGGAUAUCAAAAACUAACACCAAUUACAGUCCUGUUCAUUUUGGCAUAUAGAGGGAUCCUCUAAGACUGACGGUGACACGUACGAUUUAAGAUCAGCCGUAGAAUCUUUAUCAGUCUACUUUGUAGGAAAGGUCUCAGUUUGAAUUCAUACCGCGUGUUUAUUAGCUCCGCCAAUGUUCAGUGUUCUGCAAAAUAAUGAAAUCACGUUGGGUGGUUCAGCUUUGUGUUUGCGUGAGGACAAUUGUAGAUUAGUUUCCUACACCGAAGCUGUAGAGAGUCACAGAGAAUAAGCUCUCGAAUGAAAGACAUGUUACUGGUGCCUUAGCGGUAGAAAACAAGAUGUUGCCAAUUACUGGAAGAUUCGCUGAAUUUAAGUGGAGUUAACUGUUAGGUUAACUGUUCCAUCACAUUUUUAAUUUUAAUAAUUUGACAUACCAAUUUGAUGGCAAGUUAAUGUUAUUUUAAGGAUACGCAAAUCCAUGUAAGUGCUUCUUUCGACUGUGAGACAGUAUUAGCUAUAUAUAUAUAUAGAGAGAGAGAGAGAGAUGUUUUCAUAUUUUCCACCAGAGAGCGACAGAUACCAAUUCGAAAGCUCGUAAAGAUGAGAAGUUGAGAAAUCGUUAAACCGCGUCAGAGGGACAGAUUUCAGGUUCCAACCAUGAACAUCUGUCAGUUCGCAGCAGCGAUAUUCCGCCCAGAACCGAUGCCCAUCCUCCCCUGUGUCAGGAACGACACGCGGUCUGAACGGAGCUUUCUGAAAGCCAGAUCUUUGUUCACAAUGCAAACCAUUUACACGCACUUUGAUCGAACGAUCAAAGUUAAAAAAAAAAAAAAGUUGUUGCCAACAACAAAUAAAACCACAGACUAACUCGUAAAUUAUGAAGAACCCACAGUAGAAACUUGUAUUAAUGUGCAGAUUCUUUCCCCGCUGCUUCAGUCAAAGCCACAUCUUGUACAUGUGUCCUCAGCAGUCGUUCAAAAAUCCCCCCUUCAUGAUUCCUUGCCCCAACGAAGGGCCUUAAAAGUAGGACAAAGAAAAAGGGGGUCAUUCUGUUGAAGCCGCAGGGGAGGGGGGAUGACAAAAGUGACAGAAAGAUGAAUGUAAUAUCACAAAAUUAGUGAAAGCAAAUGCACGCGCACGCACACACACUUUUACUGCUAUCUGUACAGGACCCCAGCCUCUCACCCUAAACCUAACCAUCCAGAACAGAGGGCUAACCUGAACCAGGACUUGGAACCAAACCUAAAAUGAGAAUGACCCAGUUAUUAUGAUGUCUUCAACCUCAAAUUCAGGGAUAAACUUGUUAGGACCAUCCAGUCAACUUCUGACUAAGCCAACUGCCCUCACAAGGAGGUGUUUUCUCAAGAAUUGGUCCUCACAAGAAUAGAUGGAUCAUUCCCACACAAGCAAACACACACACACGGUUGGCAUUUUGACAUUAAAGGACUCGUUAACAUGACAACAUGAGUGCAGGCCAUGAAUGCAUGAAGAACUGCAAGCUGCUCCGGAAGACAGCGAGGCAAACAUGAAGCGACACAGGUGUCCUGAUUUGUGUUGAUGUUCCAUUUUCAACCUCCUGACUCACUUUAGUGCUUGUCAUGAAAGAUUUUUGGUGGAAGAAGCAAAGUUAGCAACUCACUGACACUACAGUCCGACAUCAAAACAUGGGGGGAACUGAGUAAGAAGGUUCUUUUCGUGGAACCAGAGCGUAGAACCUUCCUGUUUUACUCUUCAUGUUACUUCUUUUUCUGGUUUGUUUCAUUAGAUGACAUAUCAUGUUCACGAGUGUAACACCUGUUAUGCUGAACAAACUUGUUUCAAUCAUUUAAAAAAGUGUAAAAAAAAUAAAUAAAAUACUAUCAGCAAUCCAUUCUUUAGCAUUUCAUUUCCCUUGUGAGUUCACUUGACCCUCCCUUCCAACAAAUACUUGCUAUAGGCAUCUCAAUUUCCCACCAUGUCUUGAAAAUUUUCUGCUAACGUUUUUUUUUUUUUUUGCAAAUAGAAAUUUCGAAUAUUGAGAUAUUCAUUGAGCUUUGAAAGCUGGAGGAUCACUGAGUGUGUAAGUCAAAUCAAGUGUAAUUGAGAACAGAACAUACUUAAAGUCAAGACAAGUGACAACCAUGUGACCUUUGCACUGAAAUGCAACUUUUAUUUUAUUGCAAAUACACUAAAAAUGUUUACAAAAGCACAGUAGAAACAUUUGUGCAGUGUAAAAUAUCAAAAAUUAAUUUGACGUCAUUUUGCACCAAGCAUGACAAAGAUUGUCACUUUCAGCAGCAAAAUUAAUACGGGCCGUGGUGACACCUUGGACCUCGGAACAGCAGUUGCUGUCGUUACAUCAAUGUUGGAGGAAAACUGAGACGAGAAAAACAGAACAUGGUUUGGCACGCAUGCCUGACCGGACCGGAGGCUUCAUUCAUCUUUUCAAACUAGUGACACCUUGUUAGCUGGAGACAGUCAGCCUUCCCUACUCUUCCAGUCUGGUAACAUGGACAACAAUUGAAGAAAUGUGCUUGGACCCAAAAUCAUGCAAUAAAAUGAUGGAAAUGUUUACAGACUGAAAGCAAAACAAAAACAAAA